AUACUUCUCUCAUGCGAUUAGCAGUAAAAGAAAAAGCAAAAUGAAUCAGGCAUGCAUAAUAACCGAUCACAAAUAUGGAAGAAAAAUCAAAACGGAGCAGCAAGUUUUAAGCAAUGUAUAUGCUUUAUCGAGAAUUCUAGAUACGAAAAACAGAUGCAUUAAAAUCAUGUGGAUUUAUAUAACCGCUAUUGCGAUUGUAGCAUCAAUGUUCCAAUUUGUGUGUUUUACAAAAAAAUUCUUAUCCUAUCCUACAGUAACAAGUUUAUUGCAUAAAAUAGAUGACAAGGAUCAAUAUCCUUCAGUUACAAUUUGUAAUUUAAAUCGCAUAAAAAGGACAUCUGAUAAUUGUUUAAAACUUGCCUUACCAUGGGCUGUUUGUUAUGGAAACAGGGUAUUCUUCAAUGGGUCUUACUUAAUUUUGUCUGAAAGAAAAAAUUUCUUCUCUUGCAAAAGAAAGCAAAAAAACACAAACAGCGAGGAGAAAAAUACAAUCAUGGGUUUAUUAACGAAAUUUGCAAAAUUAGGCUUAAGUGAGAGGAAGAGUUUAGGUUCCAAAGCUGAGACAUUUAUAACCCAUUGUACUUUUAGAGGACAACAAUGUAAUUGGAAAGAUUUUACCUUAACGCAUAGUUUGCAAUACGGUAAUUGUUUUACAUUUAACAGUUCAAAGUACUUUUACGGCAAUGAAAUAAAUAAAUCAUACGGAUAUAAUAAAGGCUUAGAAAUUAUUCUUAAUUUAGAAACUGUGAAUUACCUACCUCUGUUAUCGGCAAGUGUUGGCGCUAAGGUGAUAAUUCACGACUCGUUUGAGGAACCGAAUAUUGAAGAUAAAGGUUUCUUCAUAAGUCCUGGAUUUCAAACUUCUGUAUCUUUAAGAAAAACAGUAGUUGAGCGUCUACCAUCUCCAUUUAAAGAUCAAUGCAAGAAUUAUAAAUCUGAAUUCACGACUCAAAGCGACUGCAUCCGUCGAUGUAUUCAAAAAGAAAGCUAUCAGGAAUGUGGCUGCAUUGACCCUGGCAUUGAAACAAAGUCAACAGGUUUUAGAAUAUGCAAUUUGACAAACAGUUUUCAAAUGUGUUGCUUGGAUAAUGUUAUUGAAAAUAUGGCAAUCCAUGGACCGAUUUGUCCAUGUCCGUUACCAUGUUUGUCAACGAAAUAUGAGGAGGUAGUUACAAGAACAAAAUGGCCUUCUCAAAAAUAUUUUUAUGAAUAUCAAAUUCACCAACUAAAUUUAACGGAUUUUCAAACACACAUAGAAACGUUUAAAUGGUUUCAUACAUUUCUUGAUAUAUAUUCCGAUACUUACGAGAUGGAUCUUAUCAAACAAGAAAGUAUGUUUGAAAGUUCGGAACUAUACAGUUGUUUGGGAGGGAACCUUGGUCUUUUUUUGGGCAUAUCGUUUGCCGUGGUUUUUGAAAUUGUUGAGUUUGUGAUUGUUAUGCUUAUUAACUUUGUGAGACAAUUCUAG